AUGGAGCUGGAGGUUGUCGGAGCCACAUCUGCCCUGGGCGGACAGACUGUGAAUGUGUCCUGCAGACUGGACAGCUUCCCUCCCUCUCAGCUGCGCUGGUUUGGACCCAACGGAACCAGUCUGAACCGGUCUGACCCUGACCUGGGAUCAGCGUCUCUGGUCCUCCACAGUCUGACCCAGGCCCAGUCUGGACUGUACACGUGUGAAGGAGUCCAUGAGACCAAGACCCAGACCAGAAGUGUCUACAUCUCUGUCAUAUACCUGAGAGAAGUGCAGAUCUCCGGAGACUCGAGUGUGACGGAGCACGGUCCUCUGAGGCUGACCUGCUCCGUGGACAGCUUCCCUUUGUCCAACAUCUCCUUUGGACGACCAGGAUCCUGGAGUCUGGUCCAACCAAACAGACUCAGGAUCCUGGAUCAGAGUCUGGUCCAACCAAACAGACCCAGGAUCCUGGAUCAGAGUCCGGUCCAACCAAACAGACCCAGGAUCCUGGAUCAGAGUCUGGUCCAACCAAACAGACCCAGGAUCCUGGAUCAGAGUCUGGUCCAACCAAACAGACCCAGGAUCCUGGGUCAGAGUCUGGUCCAACCAAACAGACCCAGGAUCCUGGAUCAGAGUCUGGUCCAACCAAACAGACCCAGGAUCCUGGGUCAGAGUCUGGUCCAACCAAACAGACUCAGGAUCCUGGACCCAGGAUCAGUGACUCUGCUCGUCCCCAACGUGACCCUGGAACAUGGCGGACGUUACGAGUGCAUCGCGGAGCACGAUCUGGGAACGCUGACCUCGUCUGUGGACGUGAAAGUCCUGAGGAGGCCCCACAUCCUGAGGUCCUCGGGCUGUGUCCGCCACAGAGACGUCCUGAGCUGUGUGUGCGUCUCUCGGGCCUCUCCUGUUCCCUCGGUCUCAUGGAGCCUUCUGCAGGACCAGCACGAGUACUCGCUGGUUACCGUGGUGACAGGAGACACCAUCAACAGCAGCUUCGUCCUCAGAGGACACAACACGACAGAAGUCCAGUGUGUGUCCCAGAACCGAGCAGGACAGGCCCGGGACACUUUCACCGUGUCCGAGUCCCAACCCACUGGUAGGUACCAGGACCGAGUCCCAACCCACUGGUCCGUACCAGGACCGUGUCCCAACCCACUGGUCCGUACCAGGACCGAGUCAGCAGAACCCACUAGUCCGUACCAGGACCGUGUCCCAACCCACUGGUCCGUACCAGGACCGAGUCCCAACCCACUGGUCCGUACCAGGACCGUGUCCCAACCCACUGGUCCGUACCAGGACCGAGUCCCAACCAACUGGUCCAUACCAGGACCCGAGUCCCAACCCACUGGUCCGUACCAGGACCGAGUCCCAACCCACUGGUCCGUACCAGGACCGUGUCCCAACCCACUGGUCCGUACCAGGACCGAGUCCCAACCCACUGGUACGUACCAGGACCGUGUCCCAACCCACUGGUCCGUACCAGGACCGAGUCAGCAGAACCCACUGGUCCGUACCAGGACCGUGUCCCAACCCACUGGUCCGUACCAGGACCGAGUCCCAACCCACUGGUACGUACCAGGACCGUGUCCCAACCCACUGGUCCGUACCAGGACCAUGUCCCAACCCACUGGUCCGUACCAGGACCGAGUCAGCAGAACCCACUGGUACGUACCAGGACCGUGUCCCAACCCACUGGUACAUACCAGGACCGAGUCCCAACCCACUGGUCCGUACCAGGACCGAGUCCCAACCCACUGGUACGUACCAGGGCCGAGUCUCAACCCACUGGUACGUACCGGGACCAAGUUAGCAGAACCCACUGGUACGUACCAGGACCAUCAGCAGGACCCACUGGUACGUACCAGGACCGAGUCCCAACCCACUGGUCCGUACCAGGACCGAGUCCCAACCCACUGGUCCGUACCAGGGCCGAGUCAGCAGAACCCACUGGACCGAGUCAGCAGAACCCACUGGUACGUACCAGGACCGAGUCAGCAGAACCCACUGGUCCGUACCAAGACGGAGUCAGCAGAACCCACUGGUACGUACCAGGACCAUCAGCAGGAUCCACUGGUACUUACCAGGACCGAGUCCCAACCCACUGUGACUCCUGAAACCAUCCUCCAGAGGUUCUCCGAGCUGGAGGUCUUUGUGGGGUUUCUGUCUGGGUUCUUUGUGGCAGCACUUCUGUGUUGUGUAGUCGUCAGAUGCAGGUAA